AUGGACGCUAUACUUGGAGCGACACCAAGCAAUCACGGACUCGACAAGCGAGCCAUUUUUGUACAAGGAGGGCGAACACUGGAUCUCAUAGGUCAUCUUCACUGCGACGUCUUCAAUCAAAAUAAAUUCUUGAUCAACGGUGUCGAAGUGUGCAUGAGGUUUGUUCGUUCGAAAGAUUCCUCCUGUCUUAUGGAGGGAAAUACUAUGUCACGGAUACGUAUUUUAGAUGUUACAAUACUCAUCAGAAGAGCUAGAAUAAACCCAGGCAUAUUACUCGCUCAUACGAGAAUGUUUACCAAGACUACUGCUAAAUACCCCCUCACGAGAGUCGAGGUUAAAUCAUUCACGAUUCAUAGUGGCGUCGUAGGAGAGACACUGGACAACGUCAUUCUUGAACAAAUACCAAAGCGCAUAAUUGUCGGCUUUGUCGAUAACAAAGCGUUUAACGGUGCCCGGCAUUUAAAUCCAUUCAAAUUCCAGCAUUAUGGAAUAAAUUUCUUUUCGUUGUAUGUCGAUGGUACUCAAAUCCCUAGCAGGCCGUUACAACCCAAAUUCUCUGGUAACGAGAUGCUCUACGCCGAAGCGUAUCACUUUUCACACCCUUUUCUCAGGAACGGGCAUUCAUUUUUUGAACGAAACUAA